GUUGAUCAACAAACAAACAAAGCACAUGUCAACAAUAAGAUCAAUCAAAAAAUCAAAAAAAACGGUCGGUUUAUCGGGAACGAAAACUUUUUAGCCCGGAUUACGAGUGAUUACGAGUGAUCAUGAGGGAUGUUCCGUUAUCGAAUUUGGAACGUCAGUUCUUGCUGGAUGCACUAGAAGAGUCCAAGCGUUUGGAUGGACGAAGCACGCCCCAGCGACGCCCACUGGAGCUGCAUUUUGGGCGGGUCGAAGGCACGGCCUUGGUGAGCGUAGGCGAGACCCAAUCCGACCACGCCUCAUUGGUUUACGCGCAAGCUUCGGCUUCCAUCGCCGAACCAGCUGUGUCUCGGCCCAUUGAGGGCAUGCUCAACAUUUUCGUGACUUAUUGCGGGAGUGCGGCCGCCCGUUUUGCCGAUGCUGCCGGAACUGCGGGCGGUGACGAAGCCGUGGAAGUCACGCGACUGCUCGAGCGUUGUCUGAAAGAGUCCAGAUGUCUCGAUUUGGAAUCGCUGUGUAUUGUGGCGGAGGAGAAGGUGUGGCAAAUCCGCUUGGAUGUCAAUAUCUUGUCGGCAGCGGCUGGAGGCGUGGCUGAUGCCGCGUCUGUGGCGGCUCUAGCCGCAUUAGCUCACUUUAAACGGCCGGAAGUCACGCUCCAGGGCGACCAGGUGACGAUCCAUCCAGUCUCUGAACGUGACCCCGUGGCUUUGGCCAUCCACCACUACCCUGUUUUAUCCACGUUUGCGUUUUUCAAUCGACAAAAAUCCGGCUCAAACGCCGAGAAAAUCGUGUGCGUGGAUCCCACUUGGCAAGAGGAGCAAGUGAUGGCGGGGAAAAUUGUAUUUGGCGUCAAUCCUUACCGCGAAAUCUGCACAUUGCACUUGGCUGGACAGCUUCUCAUCGACAAGAGCGUGGUCCUACGUUACGCCCAUGUUGCCUCUCAACACGCCAAAUCGGUGGUAGACCUCAUCAAGAACCAGCUUCACGAAGACACUCAGAAGCGUUUGGCGGGACAGACUGAAGAAAUCGGAUUUGCCUUUGCCUUCAAGCAGAAUUCGAUUCUACAGAAUGUGAAACCCGCUGAGAUGGUUUCUACCGCCAACCUUGAACAUGUCUAGAUGGUUCCCUUAAAUGUGCUCUUUUUACAAUAAAACCGUGAAAAUUC